CGUCUAGUUCCCUCCUUUUAUAAAGGAACACAUCCAAGUCCAACACAUCCGAUUCCUCCUCACCCCUUCUAAUCUCUCUCCCAAAGCACAGGAGGGCGCACACACAAACACACAGAUGAAUCCAAGUAACGCAGAUGUAUCUCUUGAGGUACCUCCUUACCUUAGAGUAUACAAAGAUGGAACCUUGGAAAGGCUUGCUGGAACCCAAGUUGCCCCUUCUGGGUUAGAUCCUCAAACUGGUGUUGUAUCCAAAGACAUAUUGAUCAUACCACAGACCGGUGUCUCAGCCAGACUUUACUGUCUCAACAAAGAAAUCAAUGACCCUCAAAAGCUUCCUAUAGUUCUUUACUUUCACGGUGGAGCAUUUUGCAUAUCAUCAACCUCUGAUCCCUUCUACCACAACAGCCUCAACGCACUAGUUGCUGAAGCUAACAUCAUAGUUAUCUCUGUAAACUACAGGAUAGCCCCAGAGUUCCCACUUCCAACAGCCUAUGAAGAUUGCUGGGAUGCGCUCAAGUGGGUGGAUUCUCAAGCUGUGGGAAACGAUGGCCUUGAGCCAUGGCUCAAAGAUAAAGCUGACUUUGAGAGAGUUUACUUGGUUGGAGACAGUGCCGGUGCUAAUAUUGCACACCACAUGGCCUUGAGGGCUAAGUCCACCUCGGACUUAAAUCUCAUCAAGCUCAAUGGGAUUGGUUCAAUUAAUCCUUAUUUCUGGAGUGAAAAGCCAAUUGGGUUAGAGGUCACAGAUCCAGUAAGAAAAGCAAUGGUGGACAAGUGGUGGAACUAUGUGUGUCCAUCUGAUAAAGGUUGUGAUGAUUUACUUAUCAACCCAUUUGUGGAUGGUGCACCAGGUUUUGCUAACUUGGCCUGCCAUAAAAUACUUGUUCUUAUUGCUGAGAAAGAUAUAUUGAGGGAUAGAGGUAAGCUUUAUCAUGAAAAAUUGGUGAAUAGUGAGUGGAAAGGUACGGCUGAGAUCUUCGAGACUGAAGGGGAAGAUCAUGUGUUUCAUAUCUUUGAUCCCAAUUGUCAAAAAGCGAAGAUCUUGAUUAAACGCCUGGCUUCCUUCAUCAACCAGUGAUACUAGUCUCUGAUCUCGUGUCAAUGUGUGAUGGAGUAUUAUUUAAAAAUAGUGAGAAAGCUGACUUUCUACACUUUGCUUUCAAUUCUUAGCUAUGUCUUUUUUUUUUUGAUAAAUCAAUUCUUAGCUUGUCAAAGUUUCUUUUUUGCUAAUCAAAGUUUCCAACUUUCAUCAUAUAUGGUUCUCAUUCACUACACCAUUUAAUGUUGUAUCGCAAAUUGUAUCCUUCAGUUAU